AUGCCUUUUCUGGCAUGCCUGAAGAAAAAGAAGUCACCUGUGCCUUUGGGCAAGAGUAUCUUCCAAAAGCACACCCCAGCCACCCAGCAGAACUACCAGGCCUUGCUGGAAAGCUGCCUGAAGAACAAAUGCCUGUUCACAGAUGAUAGCUUCCCUGCUCACAUCAGCUCCAUCGGAACAGCAGUGCUGCUGAAGAAGCUACCCUGAAAUUCACAGUGGAAGAGGCCACAUGCUCCGCACAGAAGUCCAGUGUUUUAUAUUGCAAACAGAAAGCAGCUUGAUCUCUGCCAAGGACUGGUGGAGAACUGCUGGUUCCUGACGGCCCUAAAAGCCCUGACGUUCCACCAGGACAUCCUGGCUGCAGUGGUGCCACAGACCCAGAGCUUUGAGAGGAGAUACGCUGGCAUCUUCCACGUCCGGGUGACCUGUCAAAGCGGACCAGAAUACCUAGUGAGGCUGAGAAAUCCAUGGGGGAAAACUGAAUGGAAAGGAGACUGGAGUGACAGCUCGUACAAAUGGGAGCUGCUGAGCCCCAAGGAGAAGAUUUUGCUGAGGAAAAAGGAGGAGGAUGGAGAAUGCUGGAUGUCUCUGCGAGAUUUCCAGAUUCAUUUUGUAGAUCUGGUGAUCUGUAAAUUAACUCCAGACUUGAUGAGCCAGGAAGAUGGGAAGGAGUGGAUGUACUCCCUGAAGAGGGGGAGAUGAGUUAAAGGAAGCACUGCAGGAGGAAGCCUGGGGUGCUGUAACGGUGAGAGAUGCUCUUUUGGAGGACUGACUGCUGACUGGGACCAGCAAAGCAACAAAAAGCUCCCCCCAGCUUUCUUCACCCAGCACCGGCCCAACAGGCACCAGAUCUGCCUUGGUGAAAGGGAAGUAACUCAGGACUUCCACCUGCAGCCUGGUGUCUAUGUGAUUGUCCCAUCCACCCUGGAGCCUCAGCAGGAGUCUGAGUUCAUCCUGAGGGGCUUCUCCAGGAAGCACGUUCUCCGGGAAAUGGGUGGGAACAGCAGUUUCACCCUCUCCAAGGAAAUUGUUGGCAGGGAUGAAGGCAAGAUCUGGGAGGACUUCUUCACAAAGCAUUUGGAACAGAAUCCUGAAAUAAAUUCUGCUCAGCUCCAGAGGGUCCUGAAUAAUAUAUCUCGGAGAAGGCUGAUCCGGUCCCGCAUCCGAGGGGCGGACGUGGCGCAAGCAGGAGUCCUGACCUUCCUGGACAGUCACUGCGAGGUGAACAAAGACUGGCUGCUGCCUCUGCUGCAGAGGAUCCAGUAG